UAGACUCCAUCAGAGCUCUGAGCUGGUCUGUGGCGCCCCCUGCUGCCGUGCUGAGGCAUGUUCAGGACAAACGCCUGAGGCCGCGGACCGGACCGGAACACGGGCGUCUCUGCCCCAGCAGCAGCUUCACGUUGCGGGUCUACAUUGAAAGCCUUCAAUAGAACAUUUUAAUAACACACUUAAGAGAAUCAAUGAGGACAAUUUUGCACAAAACUGUAUAAAUAUACAGUGUGUGUGUGUGUGUGAAACUAAAACUAAAACUAAAACCUAACCUUUCUGGCCUUGGGAGACCCAGAGGUGAACUUUCCCCGGGCCGCGCGCCCCUCCCCUUUCCCCUUCUCACAGCUUUUGUGCAGUGCACGGCACCUCCACAACUGCAGGGGGCGCCAAUGAGCCAAUUCCAAUCCCCACACAUUGAUAUGAUGUAGAAAACCGCUUCGCGGCGCAGAUGUUUUGUUUUAUUUAAGCGUCGUGCUGCCUCCCAUGCGUCAUGAAGAAAUGCCGCCCCGGGCGGCUGCCCGCUUCGCCCGUGCCCAAAACCGCCACUGCCGAUGAAUUUUGCAAAAGCAGAGAGAAUUCCCCCGGAGAGUUUGCGGGGUUUCCCGUGGGGGCGGGGCCAGGCGGCAGGAAGUCUCGCGGGUUGUUCAGACGGACACGAUGCGUCACGCGGUUCUGUUGGACCUAGUCCACGGCUGCUGUCCGACCUGCGCCGGCUCGUCCCCGCUGCGGGAAGCCGCGUCCGACCCGUGCGUGUUCGUGCUGUGCGGGGAACGUCACGGCGAGAGAAGGCACGCGCUUCCGAGCUGGUGCGGGAGCGCGCAGGUGCUGGACUGCGGCUCCACCGCGGAGAGUUUGUUCCGGUUCAAGCAGAGAGCGGACCGGAUGGACCUGAGCUCCAUCACGGUGCUCACGACCCCGCGGGGCCGGGAGGCGCUGGCCCGGUACCAGCGGCAGCUGUUCACCGCCGUGUACACGUUCGAGUACAGAGUGAAGGAGCCCACCUGCCCGGGCUGCACAAGCCCCGCCCACACGGACUCACCUGGCGAGGGAGUCGUAGAAGAAGAAGUGUCGGCAUUUGUGCAGCAGCUUCCCGCGCUGAGGGGUGACGUCAUGGUGCUGACGUCAACACUGAUCCCAGACAUCUUCGGUCAUGGCUUCAGUACUCGAUCAGGGGGCGUGUCCUACAUCCCCACGCUGUCGUCCCUCAACCUGUUCAGCAGCAGCAGGAGGCGGGACCCCAUCGCCGUGGUGAUGGAGAACAGACGCCGAUUGGCCGUCCACGCAGGGUUCCAUCCCGAGCCCCUUCGCCUGGUCAAGGUCGACCAUGGCAAAGUCGUUUGGGUUGUGGGGGGGGUGGAGCCUCAGAGCUACGACGGGAUGGUGACCAAUCAGACGGGGCAAGUGUUAGCUGCUCCAGGAGCCGACUGCAUGACUCUCCUGUUCGCUGACCCGGUGUCAAAGGUCAUUGGAGUCGCUCACGCAGGUUGGAAGGGGACCCUAAUGGGGGUCUCCAUGGCGACAGUGGAGGCCAUGGUAACGGAGUUUGGUUGCCAGGUGAGUGACAUCGUGGUGGCAGUCGGACCGUCGGUGGGUUCGUGUUGUUUCACUCUGGAGAGAACGAACGCGCUGGAAUUCAUCAGCAUCGACCCGGACUGUGUCCCUGACCCCGGGUCCGACCGACCGCACGUCAACAUCUGCCUCGCCAACAGGCUCCUCCUCCAGAGAGGCGGGAUCCGACCUGAACACAUUCAUGACAACGCCGUGACGGACAGGCCCUGCGUCACACCCUGCACUUCCUGUCAGCCCGACCUCUUCUUCUCCCAUGUCAGAGAUGGCCUGAACUUCGGCACCCAGGUGGGCUUCCUGUGGAUCAAAGAUCGGGCGGAACUGGCAGAACCGGGCCCACGUCCAGCAGGCGAGACGAGCCCAGCGGGUCCCUGACGACGGACUAAGAGGAACUGGUUCUGUGUUUAAUCAUGUGUUGGUACAAAAGCUUAUUGAACUUAUAGUUCACAUCCUCAGAUAAAAAGAUCCAUAUACUUUA